UAAAAAAACUUUAAUUCUCAGGAAUUUUUAAUUUAGCAUAAUUUGUAUUCAAUUAAAAUUUUAUGUGAUUCGAAUUUUUAAAUGAUAAAAAUUCCAAAAUUUUUAUUUGUACGAAUUUUUAAUUGAUAUAUAUAUAUAUAAUUUUUAAGACACAAUUUUUUUUAUAUUUUACAUAGAAUGUAUUUUAAAGCAUACAAGUUCGAUAUAAAUUUAAAUAUAUUCUGAAGAAUUUGAAGCCAGCAUAGGAGAUUCGAUUCCCAUAAUCUGAUCGCUCAGUCACUGCUAUACCACAAAUCAAUAUGCAGUAAACAGACUAUUCCACGUUUAUGUCCGUUUAGCUAGCAUUCAUACGAAUUCACCUCAUAUGUCAGUAUUCCAUGCUGGAAAACUUUUGUCACCACUUCCGGUAACUGUGUAAUUCUCAUCAACAUCAAUAAAUCAUAUAACGACCAAAUAAUGUACUUCAAUUUUUUUUUCCAAAAAUUCUACCUUUGAAUUAGAUGAUAACUUCAACAAGGGAAAAAAAGUUUUCCUAUACAAGUGAAAAAAAUUCCACACAAAUUAAUUGUAAAGCCAAAUUCGAAGUAUUCCUAAAUUUUUUGAUUCGAAACAAUUUGUUUUUUUUAAUUAAAAUUAUUUAGGAUUAAAAUAAAAUUUGGCUUGUAUCCGAAAAUAUAAACUCACUGGAAUAUAUAAAUUAUAUUUGCCUCCUGGCAAUAAUUUCUUAUCUCUCAUGCGAAAAGUCAGACUCAAAUAUCAAAAAGGUAUAUAUGUAUAUAUAUAUAAAGAGAAGGGGUUCUCUCGGUCAAGUGGAAUUCUGCCGAUAAGAGCUUUUCAGCAACAACUUUAGUUUCGCAUUUACGAUUGGUGGAUAUAUUUGAAGAUCCUAAGGAAUCAUCCUCAUCCAUCAGAAAAUGGCAAAAAUGCCUUCAGUUACAAAUUGUCUUUCGUAUAUUCAAUUCAAACAAAAAAACUAUGUCACUUAUUAAUGAAAUACAUUUAACACGAAAUUGGUCAUUUAAAAUUCAUUGUUUAACAUUAAUUAUCAUUAUUUUUAGUUUAUUUUGUUUAUGGAAAAGUUGUUAUUUUUCAAUUCCAAUAUCAAAUGUUCUUGCUAAGGCAUCAAUAAAAGUUGAUGUUUCCCUACCAACAUCAUCAGUUAUUAUUUCACAAGAAUUUUUCAAUAGAAGUAUAAAAAAAAUACCUGAUAAAAAUCGUCGUAAAUUACAUAGAUCAUUGUCAAAAUAUAUGUUGGAACUUUAUAAUCGUCGUCCUGAUGCUGAUAUUGUACGUGCAUUACAGCCACGACAUAUAUCUGGACCAUUAUUGGAGGGUGAAAGAAUUUUAGAAUUUUUUAUUCCUACCACUAAAUCCGGUGAAGCAUUAGAGGCUGCUGAAUUACUUGGAAUUGCUGGUAUGAUAAUUAGAGUGAGAUCAUUGGACAAUGAUGUCAAUGAAAUUCAACGUUGUCGAAGAGAUGACACAUGGAGGGCAUUUGAUGUGACAAAAUCAGUUUUAAUGAGAAAUGGAAAUAUUGUGAGAUUAUUGGUGAGAGGACAAGUGGAAAUAAGAUCAGGUGGUGAGGGUCCAAUUUUAUUAUUGAAUUAUACAAAACCAAAGAAGAGAAAAAUAAGAUCUGUACUUGAUGAUGAUCAGGAUGAUCAUAUUGUUUGGAGUGAUGAAGAUAACAAUAAUAGACGACGAAGAAGAAAUAGUUGUCGAAGACGUCCAUUGUAUGUGGAUUUUUCAUUAAUUGCAUAUGAUGAAUGGGUUGUUGCACCACCUGGUUAUGAGGCAUAUCAAUGUACGGGAAAAUGUUUUUUUCCCCUAGCUGAUCAUCUUAGUCCAACGAAACAUGCAAUUGUGCAAACAUUGGUUCAUGGAGCUUUACAGAAUAGUGAAAGAUUUAAUGGAAAACCAGUGAGUAGGGCAUGUUGUGUUCCGACAAGAUUGGCACCAACAAGUUUACUCUAUUUGGACGAAAGUGGAACAUUGACGUAUCAAUAUGGAUACGAGGAUAUGGUGGUCGCUGAAUGUGGAUGCCGUUAGCUUGUAGCAAAAAUAUUGGUAAAGAUAAUAUUUCUGUAAAUUCCUAAUAAUUAGAAUUAGAAAAAUUGUGU